AUGUAAUAUCUACUGUUACAUCAAAUUUAUAUAUAUCAAGCAAUAAAAUGCACUUCAAACAUUGGGGCCUUAUUUACUGGUAUAGUAGAUUAUAAAAAUCAACAACAGAACUAUUAGAAUGAAACUGCAUAAAUAUAUUUAUACAGAAAGUAUUACAAGUAGCUCAUCAAUUUGCAUUCCAUAUAUCACUAAUUCAUAAUUAGAAAUUUUUUCCAACAAAAAGUCAAGUGUAGCAGUUUAAGCUAUAGUUUAACUGUAUUCUAUUCAAGAUCUUGUGCAAGCAUUACCAUCAGUACUAGUUUUAUGAAUUAACAAUUUUCCCCCAAAUAUUUGAAAGUAACCCCAAGAUAAUUGUAUUUCAGAACAAAUAUAGUUAUCAGUAAACUUAACAAGAUGGCUCUGAUAAAUAAUCUUUCUGAAAAUAUAAGCUUCAAGCUGCAAAAUAUUAUUUUUAAACUUAAGUAAAUAUAGUAAUGA